CAGAGAAAAUGGCCACUGCAAUUAGGGAGGUAGGAGUUUGGAGGCAGACCAGAACACUCCUACUGAAGAAUUACCUAGUCAAAUGCAGGACUAAAAAAAGCAGUGUUCAGGAAAUUUUUUUUCCACUAUUUUUUUUAUUUUGGUUAAUAUUAAUUAGCAUGAUGCAUCCAAAUAAGAAGUAUGAAGAAGUGCCUGAUAUUGAACUUAACCCUAUGGACAAAUUUAUCCUCUCUAACCUAAUUCUUGGAUAUACUCCAGUGACUAAUAUUACAAGCAACAUUAUGCAGAUGGUGUCUACUGAUCACCUUCCUAACGUCAUAAUCACUGAAGCAUAUACAAAUGAAAAAGAAAUGCUAGCAUCCAGUCUUUCUAAGUCCAGUAACUUCGUAGGUGUGGUUUUCAAAGACUUCAUGUCCUAUGAACUUAGUUUUUUUCCUGAUAUGAUUCCAGUAUCUUCUAUUUAUAUGGAUUCAAGAGCUGGCUGUUCAAAAUCAUGUGAGGCUGCUCAGUACUGGUCUUCAGGGUUCACGGUUUUACAAGCAUCCAUAGAUGCUGCCAUUAUACAGUUGAAGACCAAUGUUUCUGUUUGGAAGGAGCUGGAGUCAACUAAAGCUGUUAUUAUGGGAGAAAAUGCUGUUGUAGAAAUAGAUAUCUUUCCCCGUGGAGCAAUUUUAAUAUACCUAGUUAUAGCUUUUUCACCUUUUGGAUACUUUUUGGCAAUUCAUAUUGUAGCAGAAAAAGAAAAAAAGUUAAAAGAAUUUUUAAAGAUAAUGGGACUACAUGACACUGCUUUUUGGCUUUCCUGGGUUCUUCUGUAUACAAGUUUGAUUUUUCUUAUGUCCCUUCUUAUGGCAGUCAUUGCAACAGCUACUUCAUUAUUUCCCCAAAGUAGCAGCAUUGUGAUAUUUCUACUUUUUUUCCUAUAUGGAUUAUCGUCUGUAUUUUUUGCUUUAAUGUUAACACCUCUUUUUAAAAAAUCAAAACAUGUGGGAAUGGUUGAAUCUUUUGUCACUGUGGCUUUUGGAUUUGUUGGCCUUUUAAUGGUCCUCAUGGAAAGUUUUCCCAAAUCCUUAGUGUGGCUUUUAAGUCCUUUCUGUCAGUGUACUUUUUUGAUUGGUAUUGCACAGGUCAUGCAUUUAGAAGAUUUAAAUGAAGGUGCUUUAUUUUCUAACUUGACUGAAGGCCCAUAUCCUCUAAUUAUUACUAUUAUCAUGCUAGUACUUAAUAGUAUAUUCUAUGUUCUCUUGGCUGUCUAUCUUGAUCAAGUCAUUCCAGGGGAAUUUGGCUUACGGAGAUCAUCUUUAUAUUUUCUGAAGCCAUCUUACUGGUCAAAGAGCAAAAGAAAUUAUAAAGAGUUAUCAGAGGGAAAUGUUAAUGGGAAUGUUAGUUUUAGUGAAAUUGUGGAGCCUGUUUCUUCAGAGUUUAUAGGAAAAGAAGCCAUAAGAAUCAGUGGUAUUCAGAAGACAUACAGAAAGAAAGGUGAAAAUGUGGAGGCUUUGAGAAAUUUGUCAUUUGACAUAUAUGAAGGUCAGAUUACUGCAUUACUUGGCCACAGUGGAACAGGAAAGAGUACACUGAUGAAUAUUCUUUGUGGACUAUGCCCACCUUCUGAUGGGUUUGCAUCUAUAUAUGGACACAGAGUCUCAGAAAUAGAUGAAAUGUUUGAAGCAAGAAAAAUGAUUGGCAUUUGUCCACAGUUAGAUAUACACUUUGAUGUUUUGACAGUAGAAGAAAAUUUAUCAAUUUUGGCUUCAAUCAAAGGAAUACCAGCCAACAAUAUAAUACAAGAAGUGCAGAAGGUUUUGUUAGAUUUAGACAUGCAGGCUAUUAAAGAUAACCAAGCUAAAAAAUUAAGUGGUGGUCAAAAAAGAAAGCUGUCUUUAGGAAUUGCUGUUCUUGGGAAUCCAAAGCUGUUUCUAUAUUUGUUUAUAAAGGAAACUGUGGAAACUCUUGCAUCAGUAAGCCUAUUAGAUAGGAAAGCUGUCAUAUCACAAGGAAUGUUGAAAUGUGUUGGUUCUUCAAUUUUUCUCAAAAGUAAAUGGGGGAUUGGCUACCGCUUGAGCAUGUACAUAGAUAGAUAUUGUGCCACAGAAUCUCUUGCUUUGCUGGUUAAACAACAUAUUCCUGGAGCUACUUUAUUACAACAGAAUGACCAACAACUCGUGUAUAGUUUGCCUUUCAAGGACAUGGACAAAUUUUCAGGUUUGUUUUCUGCUCUAGACACACAUUCAAAUUUAGGUGUUAUUUCUUAUGGUGUUUCCAUGACCACUUUGGAAGAUGUAUUCUUAAAGCUAGAAGUUGAAGCAGAGAUUGACAAAGCAGAUUAUAGUGUAUUUACUCAUCAGCCACCAGAGGAAGAAAUGGAUUCAAAAUCUUUUGAUGAAAUGGAACAGAGCUUACUUAUUCUUUCUGAAACCAAAGCUUCUCUAGUGAGCACUAUGAGUCUUUGGAAACAGCAAGUGUAUACCAUAGCAAAGUUUCAUUUCCUUACUUUGAAGCGUGAAAGUAAAUCAGUAAGAUCGGUGUUGUUUCUGCUUUUAAUUUUUUUUGCAGUUCAGAUUUUUAUGUUUUUGGUUCAUCACUCUUUUAAAAAUGCUGUGGUUCCCAUCAAACUUGUUCCAGACUUAUAUUUCCUAAAACCUGGAGAUAAACCUCAUAAAUACAAGACAAGUCUGCUUCUUCAAAAUUCUACUGACUCAGAUAUCAAUGAUCUUAUUAGCUUUUUCACAAACCAGAACAUAAUGGUGACGAUGUUUAAUGACAGUGACUAUGUAUCUGCUGCUCCCCAUAGUGCAGCUUUAAAUGUGAUACAUUCAGAAAAGGACUAUGUUUUUGCAGCUGUUUUCAAUAGUUCUAUGGUUUAUUCUUUACCUGUAUUGAUGAAUAUCAUUAGUAAUUACUAUCUUUAUCAUUUAAAUGUGACUGAAACCAUCCAGAUCUGGAGUACCCCAUUCUUUCAAGAAAUUACUGACAUAGUUUUUAAAAUUGAGCUGUAUUUUCAAGCAGCUUUGCUUGGUAUCAUUGUUGCUGCAAUGCCACCUUACUUUGCCAUGGAAAAUGCAGAGAAUCAUAAGAUCAAAGCUUAUACCCAACUUAAACUUGCAGGCCUUUGGCCAUCUGCAUAUUGGAUUGGACAAGCUAUUGUUGAUAUCCCCUUAUUUAUUGUUGUUCUUAUUUUGAUGCUAGGAAGCUUAUUUGCAUUUAAUUAUGGUUUAUAUUUUUAUGCUGUAAAGUUCUUUGCUGUGGUUUUUUGCCUUAUUGGCUAUGUUCCAUCAGUUAUUCUGUUCACUUAUAUUGCUUCUUUUACCUUUAAGAAAAUUUUAAAUACCAAAGAAUUUUGGUCAUUUAUCUAUUCUGUGACAGCCUUGGCUUGUAUUGCAGUCACUGAAGUAACUUUUUUUAUGGGAUACACAGUUACAGCUAUUCUUCAUUAUACUUUUUGCAUGGCCAUUCCAAUCUAUCCACUUCUAGGUUGCCUGAUUUCUUUCAUAAAGUUUUCUUGGAAGAAUAUGCGAAAAAAUGAGGACACCUACAAUCCAUGGGAUAGGCUUUUGGUGGCUGUUAUAUCGCCUUACUUGCAGUGUGUACUGUGGAUUUUCCUCUUACAGUACUAUGAGAAAAAAUAUGGAGGCAGAUCAAUAAGAAACGAUCCCUUUUUCAGGACCCUUUCAACAAAGUCCAAAAUUAGGAAGUUUCCAGAACCACCAAACAAUGAAAAUGAAGAUGAAGAUGUCAAAGCUGAAAGACUAAAGGUUAAAGAGCUGAUCAGUUGCCAGUGUUGUGAGGAGAAACCAGCCAUUAUGGUCAGCAGUUUGCAUAAAGAAUAUGAUGACAAGAAAGAUUUUCUUCUUUCAAGAAAAGUAAAGAAAGUGGCAACUAAAUACAUCUCUUUCUGUGUGAAAAAAGGAGAGAUCUUGGGACUAUUGGGUCCAAAUGGUGCAGGCAAAAGCACAAUUAUUAAUAUUCUCAUUGGUGAUGUUGAACCAACUUCAGGCCAGGUAUUUCUAGGAGACUAUUCUUCAGGUGCAACUGAAGAUGACUCCAUUAAGUGUAUUGGUUACUGUCCUCAGAUAAACCCACUGUGGCCAGAUAUUACAUUGCAGGAACAUUUUGAAAUUUAUGGAGCUGUGAAAGGAAUGAGUACAAGUGAUAUGAAAGAAGUCAUAAACCGAAUAACAGAUGUACUUGACUUCAAAGAGCAUCUUCAGAAAACUACAAAGAAACUACCUGCAGGAAUCAAGCGAAAGUUGUGUUUUGCUCUAAGUAUGCUGGGGAAUCCUCAGAUUACUCUGCUAGAUGAACCAUCUACAGGUAUGGACCCUAAAGCCAAGCAGCACAUGUGGCGAGCAAUUCAAACUGCAUUUAAAAACAAAAAGCGGGCUGCUAUUCUGACCACUCAUUAUAUGGAGGAGGCAGAGGCUGUCUGUGACCGAGUGGCUAUCAUGGUGUCUGGUCAGUUAAGAUGUAUUGGAACAGCACAACAUCUAAAGAGUAAAUUUGGAAAAGGCUACUUUUUGGAAAUUAAAUUAAAAGACUGGAUAGAAAACCUAGAAGUAGACCGCCUUCAAAGAGAAAUUCUGUAUAUUUUUCCAAAUGCAAGACGUCAGGAGAGUUUUUCUUCUAUUUUGGUUUAUAAAAUUCCUAAGGAAGAUGUUCAGUCCCUUUCACAAUCUUUUUCUAAACUGGAAGAAGCUAAACAUACUUUUGCCAUUGAAGAAUAUAGCUUUUCUCAAGCAACACUGGAACAGGUUUUUGUAGAACUCACUAAAGAACAAGAGGAAGAAGAUAAUAGUUGUGGAACUUUAAACAGCACACUUUGGUGGGAAAGAACACAGGAAGACAGAGUUGUAUUUUGAAUUUGUAUUGCUCAGUCUACUUACAGAACUUAUUUCUUCUACACUUUAUUUUAACGUUAAAAAGUUUAUUAUUUGAAUGGUAACUGGAGAACCACGAAGCACUUUGCUUUUUUCUAACUCCUUAAUUGAAAUGCUGUGGCCAUAUACCUUGUUUUUCUUUAAAUAAAACUUAUGUAUAAUUAAAUGAA